AUGGGUAAAAAAUUUGCAUCUGUGUUUUCGCCAUUGGCGCUAUACAAUCUAAUUUCAGCACUUGGCUGGAGUUUUAUUUUCCUUAACGUGAUUUUUGGAUAUCCAAAGGUAGGUCAGCCAUCAUUUUUUCUAGUUACUAAGGAUUUAGUUACUUAUAUUCAAUGCGGCGCAUUAAUUGAAAUAUUAAAUUCAUUAUUGGGAAUUGUUCGCUCUCCAUUAUUAACUACAGCAGCCCAAGUUUUCUCAAGGUUGUUAGUAGUUAUCGGUGUCUUCCAACUUUUGCCUCAAACACCAGCUACCAAAUCGAUUGCUUAUGUUACAUUAUUGUUAGCAUGGUCCAUUACCGAAAUUGUUAGGUACUUGUACUAUUUCUUCAUGCUAGUGCGCAAGAAUGGUGCUCCAAAAUUUUUGGUAUGGUUAAGAUAUAAUCUUUUCUUAGUUUUGUACCCAACUGGUGUUGCUAGUGAGUUGUUCGUCAUUUAUUCUUCUCUACCAAUAGCUGAGGUAUCAUAUUCUAUACUUUUCAAGAGGGUUUUACAGAUUUCUAUGUUGACUUAUAUUCCAGGAUUGCCAAUGCUUUUCCUUCACAUGCUUGCGCAAAGAAAGAAAGUCAUGAGAUCAUGGAAGAAUGACGCUAAAAAGCAAUCCUAA